GGCGGCUCGGACGGUGAGCGAUGUUUCCUUUGGGUUUCGGGUUUAGAGCAGUUGGGGUUAAUUUCCGCUCGGUUGCGGCCGUUUAUAUAAAACAGCCUUGAGCUCUUCUGUGCCGGACAGCCGCCGUCAUGUCCAACAACAAUGCCAGCAACAAUUUAAUUAUCGCUCAGAGGGCCGUGAAGCAGCUCCGGUUAGAGGCCAGUAUCCGGAGGAUCAAGGUGUCCCAGGCUGCUGCUGAUCUGAGAAACUUCUGCAUGCAAAACGCCUCCAAGGACCCUCUCCUGAUGGGGGUCCCCUCCAGUGAUAAUCCCUUCAGACCCCCCAAGUCCUGCUCCUUGUUCUGAGCAACACGGAACAUGGAGGAUUUCAGAAUAUGUCCGUCGAAGGCUUUCCUCACUUCUAACUGAUGUCACUGUAGAUCUACCAGCAGCUCCUCUUGGGAUGAUGCACACGAGGCUGAUGGGUUCGGGGGGUAACUGGUCCGCUUGUUUGCCAAAACUAAUGGUCUCAUAACUCCCAUCUGUUAUAAUAAAGUAGCGCCACACUCUACACGUUCGAAAACGGAGCAGAAGAUGUUCUAAGCUGACACUAACUUGAUAAAUGAUUAAGCCGUUCUUGUGUGUACUUAACAUGUCCAGCAUUGAUUUGACUGACUUAACAGUGUCUGUUUCCAGUCUGUGAGGUUCUGCUCACGUUAAUGACUCCUGAAAGAUGAACUUCCCCUUCUAUUUUGGGUGGCAGGUGGAAAAACAAUCAUGCAUUAAUUUAAACCGGGUGCUGUUACAGAAUAUUAAUGUUUUAUCUUAUCUAUAUAAAUAUAUAUAUACACACACACACUCAGUUGGCAGUUUAUUAGGUUCACUUUUCUAAGAUUAAUGCAGUCUCACGUACCAGUCCUGGAGUGAGUCACUUCUCCAGUGUUUUAGCAAUUGUCACUUUUUCAGUCACAUUUUUCACUACAACAUAAUGUCCUGCAUAACCAGGACUAAAAGUACACAGAACUUAGACAUCUUUUCAACGUCAAAUUUCUUUGCCUUUUUUUUUUACAAAAAUAGAGAAAACCUUGACUUGUCUAACAGUUUUCCAAGUGCCUACAGAAUGUAUCCAGUACUGGGAAAAAAAAAUCUUUGCCUGAUCUGAUCCAUGUAAACACAGCCUGCAGUUCAGCAGGAAAGUGACAGAAGUUUUAUCAUGUCACUGUCGGUUGCAGCUCAGUCAGUCAUGGCUUCACAGCUGUGCCAAGGAAGACACAGUUUUCAGUUUUUAGCAGAAUCUGGUAUGAAUUGCAAAGAUUUUUUUUUUAUAAAAGAAAGCAAAAACGUUUAGUUCUGGUCCAAAUUAGAUAACCUUUUAAAGAUUAUUUAUAGAACAACAGUUAAUAUAUUAAUGACUACUGUAUUUACAAAGUGAAUAUAAAUCUUUAGUUAAUAUGUUAAAUAUGUUCUUUCAUAAUUUCAAUAAAGGUUUAAAUGGAACAACAGUAGAGUGUAUAUUUGCGGCAUGGAUUUGAUUUUACUGGCUUGCACCUGCAUUUAUGACUAUCAACAAACCAAAACUGUACUCUGUCCGGUCUUUGGGUCUGUUACUGUAAAGGGAAUCUGUGUAAGAAAAUCUGCAUUGAACAGGAUGGAGGACAGUGGAAUGUCUAUCAAUUUGCAUUUUUAGCAGAUUCAUAAAAAAGAAUUAAGAGUUUAGCCGAAACCGAUCCCCACACAAUUAUUUACACACAGACACAUCUCAUUUUUUGCAAAUUUUCAAAUAGAGCAAAGAGCAAAGUGAUCUUUAUUUAAUCUGACUUUAAGCUGAGAUUUUAUUAAAUUUCCCACAAAAAAACAUGGCACAGACGAGUAGUUCAAUGAUAGUCAGAAAUCUAAAAGUGCGACAGUAAAUGGUGUAAUUUGGGUGAUUUUUAAUUAUUAUUAUUAUUAUUUUAAGCAUAAUAUGCCCAUAAAACCUGCCGGCGGGUUUUGGGAUUCAGAGGUUUAACUGUCUUGGGAGGACAGCGCGGUGGUAUCAUCAGACUGCAUUCAUUUUAGCCAAGUGUACCUAACACACUGACAUCCAAGCGUAUAUACACUAUGUUUCAUAUCGUGUGCCUUCAUAAAGCACUACAGACAUAAGAGUAUGAUUUUACUGUGCAUGUGGCCAACAGCCCUACUGUUAGCUUUUCAGCUAAACUGAUUGGUGUCCUAAACUACUCCUGUAUAUUGUGGCAAACUUUUUAAAGGUGUUACUAUUAAUCUGAUUUAUGACAACAUGGUACAGACUUUUACUCUGUCAGUUCAGGGUAUGUGAUUGGUAAAUUAACUUUUGUCCCGUCCUUUUUCUGUAUAUAUUUAACAGCCAUUUAAGGUUGCUUUUAUUAGCUUAUACAUGUUCCUGUCUUUAAUUUAAGUAAAAAACAAACACAUGAAGGCCUUACACUAUUUGGAUAGUCAUAGCAAAUUCAUUGUACGUCACAUUAGAUUCACGAAUGCUCAUAUCUCUGUUCAAAUCCUUCAAUAUUGUUUGUAUUAAAUGAUUCAUGCUGCAGUGAUUUGUUGCAUUGUUUUCCACACUGAAAUCAUGUUCCAAUAAACCAAAACCUUUAUUGUUAGUCUGUAUCUUUGUCAACUUUGUUACUGUGGGUGAUCUUUUAAAAAUUAAAUCACAUUUCCCAUGAAA